CCCAGAGCUCACAUGAACCUGGGUACUUAAAAUAUGCUAUCUCUGCUCUGCUCUUCGCUCCUGGUCAUUCUAGCUCAACAGUCUCUAUGCAGGGCUCAGAACCAUGGUGGGCAGCUGUCUGCUCCGCGAGGCAGCAAGGCCGUGUUGGAGAGGAAACAGUUCUGCCACUGGCCCUGUAAGUGCCGGGCUAAGCCCCAGUGUGCCCCAGGGGUCAGCUCUGUGCUGGAUGACUGCGGCUGCUGUAAGAGCUGUGCCCGGCAAAUCAGAGAGGCCUGCAAUGAGAGGGACAUCUGCGACCCCCACAAGGGCAUGUACUGCGAUUUCUCUAAAGACCAGCUGCGAUAUGAGGUCGGAGUCUGCGCUUACUUGAUGGCAGUGGGCUGUGACUUGAACUGGGCCCACUAUGAGAACGGCGAGGCCUUUCAGCCCAGCCCACUGUAUAAGUGCACGUGCAUCGCGGGAGCCAUCGGCUGCACCCUGGCCUUCAUAAGGAAGCCUGCUGGUCUCCUGGGUCCUGCCCCUCUGAGGAGCAACACACCCCUGCCAGCCGGCCACCAGAGCGCCCCCGGUGCUUCCAGGAAGCACCAGCAGGAUACGACCUACAUGGCCACCAUGCCAGCUUACAGGGAUCCUCCUUUAGUCUGGAAGAAGAACUGCCUGAUCCAGACCACUCCGUGGAGUCCCUGCUCCAAGACCUGCGGCCUGGGUAUCUCAGUCUGGGUCAACAACGACAACGGCAAGUGUGAGAUGAGGAAGGACCGCCGCCUCUGCCUGCUGCGGCCGUGUGAGAAGAGCAUCAUGAAGAACGUCAAGAUGCUGAGAGGAAAGAUGUGUAAGCCCAAGUUCCAGGCCAAGAAAGCGGAGAAGCUGACCCUGUCUGGGUGUACCAGCACCAAGAGUUUCAAACCCACUUACUGCGGCAUCUGCACCGACAAGCGCUGCUGCGUCCCCAACAAAUCCAAAAUGGUGGCCGUCAACUUCAAGUGCAAGGGCGGCUCCAGCGUGCGCUGGAAGAUGCAGUGGAUAAUGUCCUGCGUGUGCCAGAGGAAGUGCGAUGACCCUGAGGACAUGUUCGCAGAGCUACGCUUCCUCUAGCACCUUCUCCAGCAUCUAUAUCAACCUUAGAGCCUCAUCCAUGUCCAUGCCCACAGACUCCAACACUGGCCUGGCCUUACUGCUUCUGACCAAGUCAUGAUGGUUAAGUGGACAGGACUGAACCCUGGUCACAGUUCAGUCUGGGCAUGAAAUGCUCCUGAACAGUGCCUGUGUUCUCUGGCUAGAUGCCAGUGGGCUGAUAUGAAAAGUUGAAACACGUGGAACCUCAACUCAUGAAGUUUGACUGGAUAGAGACAACUAGGGCUUGGCAGAUUGCUUAACAAUUAACAUGAAGGGAAACGUAAUGUAAGUAAUUUGGGGUUAGACCUCAUGAUAAAAUGAUAUGGUUUUUACAGUACCUCAUUAACAAUAGGGCUGUCAGUGAGGCCAGUAGUGGUAACAGGGAUAGAUAGAGCAAACAUGUUAUGGGUCAGUUUUCUUCUUAAAUAUUUUUUAAGAUCUAGAGAACCACUGAUCGUAACCCCUAAUCAAUGCCAAACACAGUGUUGUACCAGCUGGAUCACAAUUAAUCUUUCUACCAGUUAAUUCACAACUAAGUUAGCUUCAAAAUACCUCAUACUAUCUCAAAUCCACUUUGAUUCACUACAGAUUUGGAUUGUUAGUUUGAAUUGUUAGUUUGGUAUAAAUGUU